AUGACCCGUACAACCCCGAGCUGCCCAAGCCCCCCGUGCACAGGGGGGGGGGGGGGGGCGAGCCGCACCCCGACCUCCUGGAGCUGGAGCUGGUCAACCAGGCAAUCGAGGCCGUCUUGUCUCUGUUCCCCCCUGCCUCGCCCGGCCGAGCCGGGCGGCAGGUACUCACCAGCCCCUCUGGACAGGGCACAGGCCCGGGGCGGCCUGGAGUACGUGCCCCAGGCCGUGGGUGCACGGCCACCCGCGGCCCGUGAGUACGACCCGCUGUCCAACUACGCGGCCCGCCACCUCGGCACGGCCACCUCCCGGGGCAGCAGGGCCCACAAGCGGCCAGGGGGAGCCCGCCGCAGUGAGCCCUACACGCCUGCCCCCAAGAGACCCUGUGACCCCUUCGGCGGCUGCGACGCCAGGUUCUCAGACUCCGAGGAUGACACUGCCCCGUCUCCUGGCCACGGGCCUGCGACAGCCAGUCCCCCCAAGGCUGGGACCGAGCCCGAGGGCAAGGUGCCCGGGAAGCCACCCUCUAAGCAGGGCCUAGAAUCCGAGGAGGGGGCCCUGCGGGAGACCAAGGAGAUGGCCGUGCAGUGCGACGUGGGUGACCUUGGUCAACCUGCCGAGGCCACGCCCAGCACCCCUGUCAGCCCUGUGCAGGGUCACAGUGGCCCCACGGAAGGCAGAGCCAGGAAGAAGAGUGGGACUCCCCCAGCCCCCAGUUGCAAGGACAGCGCCCGGAAGAAAGACCAGGCCAAGUCCCGGGCGCGUGGGAGGCCGGGAGAGCAGCCUGGGGCGGACAGGAGGGGCAUGCAGGCCAGCAGCCCCAGGCACAAGGAGCAGCUGCUGCAAGGGACCAAGAAGAAGCCAUCCUCGGCCACCCCAGUGGCCAGCUCAGGGAAGAGGAGACCAGACCGGCUUGCCCGCCGGCCCAGCCCCGGGCGCGGGGGCCCCCAGUCUCAGGACCCCAGCAAGGGCGGGAAGGCCCUGUCGGGGAAGCUGGUGGAGCGCAAGGCCCGCUCUCUGGACGGUGGUGUCCCCCAGGAUACCCCCAAGCUGAAGAAGCGGGCCCUGAGCCACGCUGACCUGUUUGGGGAUGAGAGCGACGAGGAGGAUGCAGGGGGUCCGGGGGCACUGCAGGGGUGGCCCUGCACCCUCCCCAGCCUCAGCUCCGACUCCGACUCGGACUCAGACCACAGCCUGGGCCUGGCCAAGACUCAGGGGCCGCCCAAACGACUCAAGGCCUCCCCGCCCCCGCCCUCCCCCGCACGGUCCUCCUCGUCCUCGUCCUCCUCCUCGUCGGGGGCUGCGGGAAAGGGGAAGGGCGUGGACUACGCGGCCCUGGAGCAGGAGGUCGACUUUGACUCGGACCCCAUGGAGGAGUGUCUACGCAUCUUCAACGAGUCCACCAGCGUGAAGAAGGAGGACAGAGGCCGCAGGGCCCAGCAGCCUCCCGAGGAGAAGGGGCCUGCGGGCCUGGCCACCCUGUUCCCUGGGCAGAAGCGGAGGAUCUCCCACCUCUCCAAGCACAGCAAGGAGGCGGACCCCCCCAGGAAGGGCCCAGUGGCGCCCCCAGCCCGGCCCCCAACGGCCCAGGAGGUGUGCUACCGGCGGGCCCAGCAGGCACAGAGGGAGUCGGCCAGCUGGCUGCAGGCAGCCCCACCACCUGCCCAGGGCACCCCGUCAGUCCACAUCUCAGCCCCCGCCACUGAAGACGCGCACGCUGUCAGGGAUGGCGUCGAAGACCACCAGCACCGCCACGCCCCGGCGGGUCGCCCACGGCCCAUCUCUGCAGAGUUUAAAGAAACCCAUUAUCCCCAAAGAGUUCGGGGGCAAAGUCCCCACCGUCAUCCGCCAGCGCUAUCUCAACCUGUUUGUCGAAGAGUGCCUCAAGUUCUGCUCCUCGGACCAGGAGGCCGUGGAGAAGGCGCUGAACGAGGAGAAGGUGGCCUACGACCGCAGUCCCAGCAAGAACAUCUACCUGAACGUGGCGGUGAACACCCUUAAGAAGCUGAGGGGCCUGGUCCCCGGUGCCGGCGCCGUGCCCUGCCUCAACAAAGCCGGUGGCCGAAGAGUGGUGUCCCACGAGGUGGUGCUGGGCGGCAAGUUGGCUACAAAGACCAGCUUCUCGCUGCACCGGCCCAGCAGCCCCCGUGUGGAGAACCUGAAAGGGGCCGCCCUCUACCCUCCUGCAGGAUCUGCUGCCGCUGCGGUGCCGAGUACCUGGUGGCCGCCUCCGGCCGCUGCGUGCGUGAGGAAGAGUGCUGCUACCACUGGGGGCGGCUCCGCCGGAACCGAGUGGCUGGUGGCUGGGAGACCCAGUACAUGUGCUGUUCGGCAGCCGUGGGCUCCGUGGGCUGCCAGGUCGCCAAGCAACACGUGCAGGACGGCCGCAAGGACAGCCUGGAGGGCUUCGUGAGGACCUUCGCCAAGGAGCUGCCCGACAGCGCUCACCCGGGCGUCUACGCCCUGGACUGUGAGAUGUCAUACACCACCUACGGCCUGGAGCUGACUCGCGUCACCGUGGUGGACGCAGACCUGCGGGUGGUGUACGACACCUUCGUCAAGCCCCACAACGAGAUCGUGGACUACAACACCAGGUUCUCGGGCGUGACGGCGGCUGACUUGGCGCACACGAGCGUCACGCUGCGCGAUGUGCAGGCCGUCCUGCUGAGCAUGUUCAGCGCCGACACCGUCCUCAUCGGACACAGCCUGGAGAGCGACCUGCUGGCCCUGAAGGUCAUCCACAGCACCGUGGUGGACACGGCGG